UGCGCAGAAGUCGUUUGCGCACGCCACUCUACAGAUAGCGCCGCAAAGCAUGAUGGGCCUUCCUUUCUCUCCGAGGCCAUAUUGGAGUUAACUUACCGUUGGCCGGGUUUGGAGUAAAUCGGACAAAAUGGUGGCCGCUAAGAAGACGAAAAAGUCGAUGGAGUCCAUCAACUCCCGACUCCAGCUGGUGAUGAAGAGUGGCAAGUACGUGCUGGGCUACAAGCAGUCGCAGAAGAUGAUCCGGCAGGGGAAGGCCAAGCUGGUCAUCCUGGCAAACAACUGCCCCGCUCUCAGGAAAUCUGAGAUCGAGUACUACGCCAUGCUGGCCAAGACCGGUGUCCACCACUACAGCGGCAACAACAUUGAGCUUGGUACAGCCUGCGGCAAAUACUACAGGGUGUGCACACUGGCCAUCAUUGACCCCGGCGAUUCCGACAUCAUCAGGAGCAUGCCCGAUCAGCAGCAGCAGGCUCAGUAGAGCUGUCCCAACACCCUCCCACCCCACCCCAGUUGUGAUAAAUAAAAGUUGGUGUUGACAGUA